CAUUAGGUUUCAAUUUGGUUUUUGUUCCCUGCUUGUUGCAACGUGGGGUUUGUUUUUUUUUUUUUCUGUUAACUUCCCAUUCAAUUCUUUUUCAUUUAACAGAAGAUAAGAUCUGGACUGCAGUGCAGCACAACAACACAGGGCUAACCAGAGUCCAAGGAGCUGAGCCGGAGAAGCCGUACACCAUGUCCUUUAACUACAAUAGCAGUGCAGAACAGCUUGAAGCCGUGAUAAACAGUGCCGAGUAUUGCGAACAGGAGGCAGCCUACUACUGCAAAAAGUCACGUCUGCUGAACACCCCAAAUGGAAUGCCAUUUGCUUGGUGGGUUGGCCGUGCCAAUGAAAAGCAUCUUUACUGGGGAGGAUCUCUUCCGGGCAUUCAACAGUGUGCAUGUGGACUGGAAGAAAGUUGUCUGGAUAUGAGAUAUUUUUGCAACUGUGACGCAGAUAGAGAAGAAUGGACAAAUGAUACUGGCCUUCUUGCUUUCAAAGACCAUUUGCCUGUGACUCAGAUAGUGAUCACUGACACAAACAGAUCAAAUUCUGAGGCUGCUUGGAAAAUCGGCCCUUUGCGUUGCUAUGGAGACAGGCAGUUCUGGAACGCCGCUUCCUUCAACACGGAGGCCUCCUACCUGCACUUCCCCACCUUCCAUGCCGAGGUCAGCGCGGACAUCUCCUUCUUCUUCAAAACUACUGCCGUCUCCGGGGUCUUCUUGGAAAACCUUGGGAUUAAAGACUUCAUACGACUUGAAAUCAGCUCCCCCAAAGAGAUCACCUUCUCCAUAGAUGUUGGGAAUGGCCCCACAGAAGCCACUGUGCAGUCUCCCACACCCCUGAAUGACAACCAGUGGCACUAUGUGCGAGCGGAGAGGAACCUCAAGCAAACCUCUCUCCAGGUGGACAGCCUCCCCAAGAAGGUCUUGGAGGCACCUGCUGAGGGGCACUUCCGCUUGCAGCUCAACAGCCAGUUAUUUGUAGGGGGAACAGCUUCCAGACAAAAGGGCUUUUUGGGAUGUCUUCGAUCUCUGCAUUUAAAUGGACAGAAACUUGACCUUGAAGAGAGAGCUAAAAUGACACCCGGUGUUAAACCUGGAUGUCCAGGGCAUUGCAGCAGUUACGGUAACCUGUGCCAUAACGGGGGAAAGUGUGUGGAGAAGUAUAAUGGUUACUCCUGUGAUUGCACCAACUCCGCCUACGAAGGACCUUUCUGCAAGGAAGAGGUUUCUGCAUUAUUUGAAGCUGGCACUUCCAUUACCUAUAUUUUCCAAGAACCUUAUCCUGUCACAAAAAAUGCGAGCACCUCAAGCUCUGCCAUUUAUGCGGAUGCUGUCAUGUCCAAGGAAAAUAUUGCAUUUAGCUUUCUCACAGCGCAUACUCCAAGCCUUCUGCUGUACAUCAACACCUACUUUCAUGAAUAUUUGGCUGUGAUUCUCUCCAAGAAUGGAAGUUUACAGGUCCGAUACAAGCUGAGUAAGGAUGGACUCCUCAUUUUCACCAUUGACUCUGGAAAUUUUGCCAACCGGGAGCUGCACCGUGUGAAGAUUAACAGAGAGGGCAGAGAGCUUGUUGUUCAGGUUGAUCAAGUUCUCAAACUCAAACACAACUUUUCUGAGAUUGAUUUUAAGGCCAUCAAAUCGCUCACCUUGGGCAAGGUCACAGAGAGUUUGUCGCUGGACCCUGAAGUCGCAAAAGCAAAUGCCUAUGGUUUCACUGGCUGCCUGUCCUCUGUUCAGUACAACCACAUUGCUCCCCUGAAAGCUGCCUUACGCCAUCCCAGCCUUGCUCCCGUGACUGUCAAAGGCUCCUUGACUGAAUCCAGCUGUGCAUCCGUAAUGGAAGCUGAUGUGAACACGGUCACCACGAUAUAUUCCUCAUCAGAUCCUUUUGGGAAGACAGAUGAAAGAGAGCCUCUCACCAAUGCAGUCAGAAGCGAUUCAGCUGUGAUUGGAGGUGUAAUAGCAGUUGUGAUAUUCAUCAUCAUCUGCAUCAUUGCCAUCAUGAGCAGGUUCCUCUAUCAGCACAAACAAGCACAUCGAAGUAGCCAGACAAAGGAGAAGGAAUACCCGGAAAACCUCGAGAGCUCCUUUAAAGCUGACAUUGACUUGCAGAACACAGUGAGCGAGUGCAAACGGGAGUAUUUCAUCUGAUGGACAAUGCAAUUUCUUCUUGCUCUUACUCCCCUAACCUUCCUUCCUUUAUUCCUUUCUUCUGUCCUU